UGUCACUUUUGUCGACUGUUAAAAAAGCGUAAAAGUUGAUAUACAACUGAAUAUCAAUUCUAAGUCAAUAGAAAGUUUUUAAAGCGGAGAAUAUUUUGAACGCAUCGUAAGCAGCGCACUCGCGAUGUCACAAUCACGUGGUCGAGUACGAAUGAAGUACGAACCGCAAACGCCACGCGUUUGCGCUUUGUAUCAGUUUUUCGCGAUAUCACGCGAUAUGCGUUAAUCUCGCGAUUCGUAGCGGUCAUGUGUUAACAAACAGCCAGGGACUCAUAUCCUCGGUUUCUGCAAACAGAAUUUAAGGAAUUGUGUCCGAUCCAAUCUCGCAUAGAGACAUCCAGUAUAUGUAGAUAUAUCGAAUAGCUGUAAGCUGUAACCAAUUCUAACCGUUACCGGUGACUAUCUACUCAUCACGCACACAUACGCCGCACACGUGCGCAAAGAUGAUUGGGAAGUGGUCAAGUUUGAAUCGGCGCGGUUUUCGAUUGGUUGAAAACUUGCUACGCGCCCAGAGCCGACAUAUAAAGAACUUCGCAAAUCUAGGACCCCUCGCAGACACUUGUAGUCUUCCAUAUAGUCGAGGCUAUCAUCUUUCUUCUGCGCGUUACAUUCCGGAACGAGGCAUGGCAACUAUACUUAAUACAAACAUUUGGGAGAGUGAUCCUGAACUUUUCGAAUUGAUGAAGAAGGAGAAGAAACGGCAGGAAUCUGGGUUGGAACUGAUCGCGAGUGAAAACUUCACGUCUCUCAGUGUACUUCAGUGUUUGAGUUCAUGUUUACAUAAUAAGUACAGCGAAGGACUGCCUGGUCAAAGAUAUUACGGUGGAAAUGAAUUCAUUGACGAAAUUGAGCUGCUGGCACAAAAACGCUCUUUAGAAGCCUUCAAUCUAGAUCCUGAGCAAUGGGGUUGCAAUGUACAACCCUAUUCGGGAAGUCCAGCGAAUUUUGCAGUAUACACUGGCCUAUUGGAGCCUCACGAACGUAUAAUGGGCUUAGAUUUACCCGAUGGUGGUCAUCUUACUCACGGUUUCUUCACGGCAACCAAAAAAAUCUCUGCUACGUCCAUCUUCUUCGAAUCGAUGCCGUACAAAGUUGAUCCUACGACUGGUUUGAUUGACUAUGACGAACUCAAGAAACAUGCCAGAUUAUUUAAGCCGAAAGUCAUUAUAGCUGGAGUCUCUUGCUACAGUAGAUGUCUGAACUAUAAACGUUUUCGUGAAAUUGCUGAUGAGAAUAACGCUUACCUCUUCAGUGACAUGGCUCACGUCUCCGGAUUGGUUGCCGCCGGAUUAAUACCCAGUCCUUUCGAAUUUAGUGACGUCGUUUCGACAACUACACAUAAAACCUUACGAGGGCCGCGCGCUGGCGUUAUUUUUUUCCGAAAAGGCGUUCGAAGCGUUACGAAGGACGGCAAGAAAAUUAUGUAUGAUAUAGAGAAUAGAAUAAAUCAAGCAGUUUUUCCGGGUCUUCAAGGUGGUCCGCAUAAUCACGCUAUCGCCGCUAUAGCUACAGUUAUGAAACAAGCAAAAACACCGGAAUUCUUCGAGUAUCAGAAGCAAAUAGUGAUUAACGCGAAAAGAUUGUGCGCCGGUUUGCAAGAGCGUGGUUAUAAUAUCAGUACCAAUGGCACGGACGUCCAUAUGCUAUUGGUAGAUCUACGAUCCUCGAGGAUAACUGGCUCGAAGGCAGAAAAGAUUUUGGAAGAUAUUUCUAUCGCCUGUAAUAAAAAUACUGUUCCCGGUGACAAAAGUGCAUUGAAUCCUAGUGGUAUCCGUUUAGGAACACCUGCACUCACCACCCGCGGCUUAGUCGAGAAAGACAUCGAUAAAGUCGUGGACUUUAUAGACAGAGGAUUGAAACUUUCUAAGGAAGUGACUGCUAUCUCCGGACCGAAACUAGUUGACUUCAAGAGAGUAUUAAGUACCGAUGAAAAUAUUAAAACAAAGAUUGCUGCUCUAAAAGAAGAAGUGGAAGUUUUCUCGAGGCAAUUUUCGAUUCCUGGUUACGAAACUUAUUAA